AUGCUUCUUUUUACAUUUAUUAAUUUUCAAAAAAUUUGCAUAGGUCGAAUUUAUGCAAAAGGGAAAGCAGACAAUUCAGCAUGCAUAAAGGAUAAUUUUGCUGAAGAGAGAUCCAAAAAGCCACACAUGUUUUUAAAACUCGGAACAUGUGGUAUGAAAAGCUUGCGAUCCAUUGAUCCUCGAGGAAUGUAUUAUGGAAUCACCAUAGUCGUUUCAUUCCAUACGCUACUUAUCACGAAGGUUGAUCAAGCAUUUCAUGUCAAAUGCUUUUUCGAAGAAGUCAGCCAUGGACUUGCAGCUAAAUUUGGUGUUAGUAUGAUAGCAACAACAGAAAUGGAGGCUCGUCAUCCUAUUCCAGGUUGUUCCUACAGUAUCCACGCUAGUAGUAUUGAUGAUCUUGAAGCUGGAAAACCUGCUGGUCCUAUAAUUAAAUAUGCUCGAGUUGGUGAUCGAGUCCUUCACCAAUGGCAUUGUGAUGAUCUAAUGUAUGGCAUACUAAUCAAUAAUUGUUAUGUUACUGAUGGAUUUGGUAAACGUACCGAAGUUAUAGAUUCGAAUGGGUGUUCGGUUGAUCCAAUUCUCAUUACGGGUAUUCGAUAUUCAGCCGAUUUGCAACGAGCUUACGGAGAAAGCAUGGUGUUUAAAUUUGCUGAUCGACCAGGUGUUUGGUUUUUUUGUCAAAUUCAAAUGUGUAUGAAAAAGGAAGGAAUGUGUCAAGGAAUUACGCCGCCAACUUGUGCUUCGCAAACUGGAAAUAUCGCUUAUAUUACUGAAGAGGAGGAAGAGAUGCAAAAAAUUUCGGGAAGGAUAAGACCAUUAUCAUUAACACCAUCAUCUGCGAAAUCAGGAAGAUUGGAAAACGAAGUUGAAACCAUUGAAGGACUUUCAUCCGCAUUUGACCUGAGUAAUGCGAUUGAAUAUGAAGAAAGUGGUGGAAUUUACGAUGAAUUAGUGUUUACUACAAAUAGUCCGAGAGAUAAACAUCGAAGAAUAAUAGCAAAACAGAAAAUUUCAACAGCAAAAACCACUAAAGUUGCAUUAGUAACUACAGUGUUUGAGACGACUGAUAAAUAUAAUGUUGAAGACAAACGUGAGAAUGAAGAAAUUGGGAAACCGGUUGGCGGAAAAGAAUAUAAAGAGAGAGAUUAUGAGGAUAUAACAAUAACGUCUAAUUUCAAUGAUUUAUUGGCCAAUUUACCAGAUGAAGUCAAUGCUGAUUCCUUGCAAAAAAUGUUUCGUGAUUCGGUAGAAAAUCGACGUGUUCUUAUGCGAAGUUUUGAUUAUUUUAUGAAUCAGGUAUCUUGGGAUUCAGCUCGCUUGGCAGAUAAGCCAUUAAUGGAAGCUUCAACUAUUGAUUUGGACAAUGAAAAUCGUUUAAUGAGACAAAAUAUUGAUACAGUUAUGCCAUCGAUACGUAGCGGUGAAAGUUCAUCAUCAAUGAUUGCUGGUCAACUAAUUAUUUAUGAUUUGGAUGAAGAACCACCAGUUGCUAACCAACCAAGGAGGAAAAGAGGUAAAAUUAUGGCUCAAUUAAGUUGA